AUGGGUACAGUUACAUCUACAAAGCUCUCUGUUUUGGUUAAUGGGGAGGCUGUUGGCUUCUUCGGGAUGGAGAGAGGCCUCAAACAAGGUGACCCUCUCUCGCCUUUUCUGUUCAAUAUUGUCAUAGACCUCCUAUCGCACAUUCUUCUCAAAAUGAGUGAGGCUGGAAUGAUAUCGGGAUUCUGUAUGGAUGAGUCAAGUCGAAGUGGCGAGAUGACGCAUCUUCUUUACGCAGAUGAUGCCAUUAUUUUCUGUGAUGCUAGCGAGGAGGAAAUCCUUAAUGUGACUGCUGCUCUUGUGUGCUUUCAAAGCAUUACAGGUUUAAGGAUCAACUUAGAAAAAAGCAGAGUUUUCCCGGUUGGCGAAGUUGAUGAUAUUGAGAGAUAUGUUGAGAUUGUGGGCUGCGAUUGGGGUUUCCUCCCAACGCUGUACCUGGGCAUGCCUCUUGUGGUUUCACCGACAACAAAAUCAAUAUGGGAUCCGGUCAUAUCGAGAAUGCAGAGGAAGCUUGAUGGCUGGAAAGGGCGCUUCCUCUCCACAGGUGGUAGAAUUAUCCUCAGCAAUGCCUGUUUAGCCAGCUAA